GCAGCGCACUUUGGUCUGGCACAGAAACGAGUACAGCUUCGAUACACGUCGUUUUGCCAAAAGCGUAGCAGGGCAGCCCAAAGCAAAGGCAAAAGCAAUGAAAAAAAUAAAUGAGGAAAAAAAUCCGUGAAGCGAGAACCGUAAUUCCGUACCGUAAAAUUCCCGAUAGCGCGAGUCACGCCAUUGUGUAAGCGCAGUUUAUUUGCCAAUUGUGCGAAGGGCAUUUUUUGCGGAACGGCCGAAUUGACUAGCAUCGAGCAGUAGCCUUCAGGAGUCGAGCGGACCAAAUGCCGCAACAGCCGGCCGACGCAUCAGCAUCAGAACGAUGGCCCCAGCGCUCACAGCCGAGCCACUAAGUCCCAAGGAGAAGCUAACCAGCACAGCCUCGCCCUCGGCCCGCAGCUCUUUGGAGAGCGGAGGCGUUGGAGGCAUUGGAGUAGGAGCCGGCGGAGUGGCCAAGAAGCCAGCGACGCCCACUCCGGCCACGGCCACCACGAGGGUCACCCGCUCCUCGGCGGCAGCGGCCUCAGUGGCCUCUUCCCCGCCGCAGCAGCAACAGCAGCCGCAGCUGCAGCAGCAAAGAUCCUCCCCAGCAGUCAAUAACAAGAGGAAGUGGCGUUCCAAUGAACCCAUGGGCCUGAGCACCGCCCCUACUACACACAGCAGCAGUGCGCCCAAUACCACGGCGGAUGCAGCGGAGGCCUCCACCUCCACUGUGGAGAACAACAACAACAAUAACAACAACAGCAGCAACAGCACAUCUACUAGCAACAGCUCCACUCCCAAGGACAACUCAACGGCCCAGCUGCUGGCGGAUCUGACCAUCAACUUUGAGGAGACCAUAUCCGCCGAUAUUUGCCUGAGGAAAACCCUGCCCGAUGUGACUUUGGGCAAGGAGCCGGCCACGCCUGCCUCUGUCCUGGCAGUGGCCACCAGUUCUGCAGGUUCCUGCAGCGGUUUGCCAGGUGACACACCGCCGGUAGCCUCAGCAGAGGAGGAGCUGCCAAAGAUAGAAACAGAUAAUAUAGAGGAGCGUCUCAGUCAGCUGGAUGGCAAUGCCAGUGCGAUGCCCGAGGAGCCUGUGGCUCCGCCUCCUGUUGCGCCACCCUUGCAGGAGCCGCCAGGAACGCCCAGCAGGCCCCAACAGCAGCAACCACCCCAACAGAUGACGCCGCAAAGCACCUCCACCUCCAUUAAUUUCCUGAAGGACGGAGCCGCCGGUGCCGUGCUGGAGGAUCAGGACAUCGAGGAGGUGCUCAAGGCGCUAAAGACAUUCGACGGCGGCCAUGUCAAUCCCGAUACCAUCUGCGAAUUCUUCGACGAGGUGUGGGAAGAGGCGGCUCCGGCUACGGCCUUGCCGGCAGCGGCUCCUGGAAAUGUGGUCGAGCUGUCGGAUGUGAAGCCCAGCUGCAGUGACAUCCUGGCUAGCGGCAGCAACAGCAUUUCCCAGGCCAAUGUGAUCAUAAAACAGGAGCAGCAGCGACCCUGGCAGGAUGUCCAUGCUGAAUUGGAGCAGCAGCAGCACGUGAUUUCGCGCCGGAUCGAGUUCUUGCUGCGCAGGAUGCGCAAGCUCCAAGCCCGCGCCAUGUGCCGCCACACCAGCGAGGAGGUAGCCGGCAUAAUGGAGUGGUCCGCCCGCACUUCCCACAAGGCUCCCAUUCCGGCGAGAAGUGCCACACUGUCCGAGCAGGAGGCCACCGUCCUGUCGAUUGUCUCCGGACGUCCGGGCCCCACCUUCUGGGAGGAGCAGAACAAGCAUCCGCUUCCCGCCAGUCAAAUGGGCAAUGUGAUUCGGCACAUUUCGACGGCGGCCCGCCAUCAGCAAAUCUGCCACUCGGCCAACGGAAGCUCCGCUACCCUGGCGCCAUCCUCCAGCUGGUACAACAACACGAACAGCUCAACGCUACCGGCAAAGCGUCCGCGAAAGAAUCAAUUGGAUUCUGCGAUAUCAACGGGAACAGCGGCGUCAACAUCAUCGUUGGCACCAUCGGGACUGGCGCCGGGCACGACGGCAUCUGCCGCAACGGAUUCGAAUACGCCGCGGGCGGACGACAUCGUGCCCAGUUACGACACCUAUGUGACAAGUGAACUCACCCAUGUGGCCGGUCUGCUGCACACGGAACUGCGAGAGGUGCAGAACGCCAUCGAUUCGGACGCCACAGAGUCAAGUUCUGGCGGCGAGUCUGCUGACGAGAUGGUCUCCUACAACAACACCCAGCAGCUGUCGCUAUCCAUCACUCGACGAGCUGUUUGGCGGUACUCGAAAGAUCGGGCAGCCAUAGCCUUGCGCUGGUCGUGGCUCUGCUCCCAGCUGACCGACCUGGAGAUGAAGAUCCGGCAGCACAGCGACCUCUUCUCGGAGCUGACCCAGUCCAAGGGCGAGGUUCAGCUGGCUAAGACAUCGCCUCCGCUGCCACCGCCUGCAAAUGGCAUCAAGGAGGAGCCCUCCGGCGACUAUCUCUGCAGUCGGGCCCGGCCAUUGGUGCUGUCCGAGUUCCACAAGCGCAAGCUCUUCCAGACCACGAACAUGCACACGAUUUCCAAGAAGGCCGCGCGGCCCAGCAACAUCAAGUGUGGCUGCCAGUGGCCGCAGGUGCCAUGCACCCUGUGCACAGGUCGCACGGAUCCCACAGCGCCCCGGGAUCUGGUCGAAACGAUGAUGCCGGCCAACCGGGUGGCGCUGCUCGAUGCUGGCUACCAUCCAGUGCUCAGUUUCGCCAGUGAUGUCAGCCAGUCUGUGCAUCUGGAGGCCAUUGCCCGCCAGCCGGACUGGCAGUACCGAGUCAUGCGCUGCCAGGCCAAGGCCAUUGUGAAGGCCAUGUGGAAGGCGGAGCGCGAGACGCUGGCCUCUGGCGGAAUUGGCGGAGCGGCGGGCAGCCGGCGAUCGGGCGAUGCGGUCAAGCGGCGUUAUAUACGACGCAAGGAGCGCAACAACAACUCAAAUAAGGAGGCUGGCAGCGGAGUUAAAGCUGCUGCUGCAGGAGGAGGAGCAAGCGGAACCGGAAGCAGUGGCGUCGGGGGAGGGGAUAGCGGAAACGGUACUGGUACUGCUACUACUUCUUCUUCUACUACGCCUACUACAACGCCACUUGUGGCCAACACAGCAGCGGCCAAGGGCAAGAGGCAACCACCACUACAACAACAACCAACUGGAGCGAACAAUUCCAGCUCGCUGUGGCCAGACUCUCGCCAACGCCAACGACCACGCCACCACAGUCCCUCCUCAACCUCGAUCUCGGCAGCCAGCGGCGCUAAGAAGUCACGCAAGUCCACAAACAGCAGCAGCAAUUCCACACAGCAGCAGCAGCAUCAACACGGCAGCAACAUCAACAACCAUCAUCUCAACGGCUACGGGGAUCAGUGGGGGGACCAGAGCAGGAGUCGUCGCAACUCCUCGCCCACCCACAGCCAUCGAAAUGAGAGAACCUCGGAGCGUCGCGUUCGUCCCAUCUAUGACAUCAAUAACAUUGUUAUACCCUACAGUAUGUUAGCCCAGUCGAAAAUGGAAAUUCUUCCCUACAAGGAGAUUCCCAUACCCAAGUGGCGCAUUGUAGACAGUGAUAAUGAUAAGGCAAAGCAUUCGUCGGAUGAGUCAGCGGACUGCAAAGUGAGCAAUGGCAGCGUCGGCGCAUCAACGUCAGAGGAGCCAUCCAAACCCCAGCCGCCAUCAGAAAAACCAGAGCAACCACAAGAACAGCCGGCCGUGCAGCCUCCAAAGGUCAAUGGUUUGAAGGAGAAGCAAGCAGUCAAGCACAAUAAUAACAAUACAAACAACAAUAAUAAUAAAAAUGGACUGGUAAAUGGCAUUGCCAAAAAGGAUGAGGCCAAGGCUGUAGAGGAUUCCAAUCCGCUGAAAAAAGCAGAGGAGCAGAUGGAAAAGGUGGUCAAACCCAAGCUCAAUGGUAAUUUGGCAAAAAAUCCGAAUGAUAAAACUGCUGAGAAGCAGGAAGAGAUUGCUCAGCCAGCAACAGAGCCACCACUGCCCAAGAGACCAAAGCUGGAGACGCCAUCUGACGAGGUCCUCAAAUCAAAGGCAAAUGGACAGCUGGUAGAGCUGAAACCAGAGACCCGCGAAAACGAGGAGGAGGAGCAUGGCAAGGAAGAUCUUUCGGAUGAAGCGUUCAUCCUGCGACAUCAGCGCGCUCUCAUCGAGGAGCGUCGCCGCUUCGAGACCUUCCUCAAGUUCCCCUGGAGCACUCGAUCACGUGCGAAUCGGCGCGUCGACAGUCGUGCAGAGUCGAGUGGCGCCAAUACUCCGGAUCCCGCCUCGCCAGCUCCUCACUUGGGCGGGCUUGGGCACGACAACGAAAGCAUUCCCUCGCCCCUGGCCCAUCCACUGGACGGGUUCAACGACAGCGGCGAGCUGCUGGCGGGCGGACAGGCGCGCCAGGCCCGUCGUCGGACUACGUCCAGCAAGCUCAAGGAUCAGGUGGAGCGGCGCAGCACUACGCCCGAUCUGCGGGAGCCCUAUGCGUUGAUGCCAUCGCCCUUUGAGCCCCUGCACUUUCCGCUCUCCGACGAGGUCUACCAGCGAUUGCUGGCCGAGACGUACGCGACGCCCAGAUCGAUGUCCGGCCCAAAGCGGGCCAAGAGCAAGUCAAUAUCCUCGAACUGCGACGGUCCCAGCUCCACUGGAGGCAGCAGUAGUCGGCGCAGCAGCAAGACUAAGAUUAAACUAAAUGGCCAGUUAAAUCAUCGGCUAAAUGGUCAUCCGGCAGCAGCAACGAAGGUAAACGGAGCAGAAGGUGGUAAAGAAACUGAAGUUUCCGAGCCGGAAGAGGAGGACAUACUGCUAGAGGAGGAGGACGACGACUAUCCUAAGCACCAUCUGGCACCGCUGGACGAUGAAGAGCCGUCGACGCCGGAUGCCGAGCAGGAUCUGUACGAUGCGGCGAUCGAUGCCUACCUGGGCGAUCCGGACGCGCUUGAGGAGGACAUGGCCGACGAUCCCUUCGAGGACGACGACCCUAACGAUCCGGAGUGGAAGACCCGGGCUGAGGGCGUUCGCAGCAGACGCAUCUAAGACCAAAACCCAAAGCAAACAACUUUCGUUUUCGUGAUUUCAGUCUUUUUAAACGAUUUGUGAAUUUUUAAGCCCCCCAAACACACAAACACACACCAUACACAACACAAAUCAGCCGGCGCAGAGCAACUAUUUUAAUUUGUUUUAAACGGAUUGGUUUGCACUCACAAAAGCAUUGCGUAUUUUAAGCAAUCGUCUAAGUUAUUUAGUUCUACGAACCCACAUAAACACAGAUAAGCAAACACACAACAAACGAAGCAGAAGCAGAAGCGAAACUCUUGAAAUAAUCAAUGUAAAUAAAAGCUAAAUACAUAGAGCUAAGCAAGUUACUGAUAAAUGUAGACUAAUCGGCGGUCGUCAAGAGAUCAUCGAACGCAUUCACCAGGCCUUUCGAUGAGCAUGGUGGGUGGGUUCGGUUCGAAAAAUGGUCAGCGGUUAGGCAGAAACAACAAACCAACACUUGGGCUUCAAGCCAAAGUGAGCUAAUGAUACAAUACUAAGCUAAUCUAAAUAAAAACACAUUUAAAUAUACUAUAUGCAUAAAUAAAAACAUGUAAAUGCCAAGAGAGCAGAUAGCUGAA